GCAUACCAAUCCGUGCCAUGUCCUGCGACCUUACUGUAUGGUGCCAUGGCAACUUUAGAUGUUUAUGAGUCUCCGAAUAUCAAGAAGGGACAAAUAGCUUCUUCUGGAAUAUGGGUAGAGAAUUACCAAAAACAUCAGUCUGCUUUUGUUAAUGUUGUACAAGUCCGAUGGAAUAUUGAACCUUCUUACUAUGGUGACAACAAGACACAUUUCCUUAUAGGAUGGACGGCUGGGUACAAAGCACCGGGUUGUUUUGAUAUGAAAUGUGUUGGAUUUGUGCCAGUUAAGUAUGCUCCAAUUAAUCCAGGAGAUACUCUCCAGGGGAAAAGUAAGAUAUCGAUCAAGAUAUUCAAGAGUAAAGACGACGGAAAUUGGUGGCUACACUUUGCCCAUGUUGGUGAAAAUUUUGCUCCAGUGGGAUACUGGCCAAAAGAUCUUUUUGGUGGUUUGGCUGACCAUGCAAAUUAUGUAACUUGGGGCGGGUACACUAGGUCACCUGUAGGGGACCCUAGCCCACCAAUGGGCAAUGGGAAUUGGCCAGGAGGCGACUCUGCUUCAUUUCAAGACGUGCAAUAUGUCGACACUGAUGGGAAUGGUCAUCUUCCAAAGUCCAACGUUCAUUCCAGAAUAACUGAUACGGGAUGCUAUAACGUUAGUGAAUUUGUGACUGACAGAUUCACCUACGGGGGUCCCGGUGGCUGUACUAAUUAG